AUUCUCCACAAAUUUAAAUACAGUACUCUAUAGAAUCAAUUGACUUUCAUGGUAUUUUUGUAAUUAUAGUGGUAUUGGACUUGUACUUGUACCAUUUUUUUUAAUUAUUAUUAUUGUUAAUUUUUUAUAACUAGUAAACUAUUUUCUUUAAUUUUCAUUUUUGAGUUUUUCCUGUGUCCAUGUCCUUCAAAUCCACUCCUCGCCCUUUCAUUGGAACAUUUUCGUGGCUGUCCUGCUCUUAUUUUCUCUCUCUUUCCUUUUCAGUUCUUCCACUUCUCUAUCCUCAAAACCAUCCCCAAAACCCUGCAACAUCCAACUCUUAAGCGAUAAUCCACAUUUUCUUGUUUUUAACAUUUCAUGAAAUCUAUGUUUAGCAUAUGAUUCUUUAAUUAAAUAGCAAGCUGCAGUUUUUCCAAUUCGGUUUCGCGUGCAUGCUCAAGACAGAUAUGCUUACCUUAAAUAUAUGACUAUAUGUCCGAAUUAUAACGAGGAGGGAAGAAUUACGGAAUCUAAAAAGGCAAAGUCACCGUUUCUGUUGGGGUGCUUUCUUCUGCAUUGUGGUCUCUGAAUGACAACAGCAAUGAAAGGGAUCUACAAAGGAUUCAAAUACACUAUUUCUCAAUUCUUUGUUGUGAAGGAGCGCGAAAUAGAGAUUGGAUAUCCGACGGAUGUUAAGCAUGUGGCACAUAUUGGGUGGGACGGGGCCUCCGGAACGGCGCCCAGUUGGAUGAGUGAAUUCAAGACGGGGCCCGAUUUCGCAGCCACAUCGAUCGGGAACUCUGGUUCUGCACUCUCUCCAUGGUCGUCUCAAGAUUUUGGGGAGUCCAUGAGGCAACAAUCAGGAUCGGAGAUAUUUAGAGACAUGCCCUCCUCGGAACUUUCUUCUCUAAAGAAGAAGCACAAAAGGAAGAAGUGCAAGUCAACUUCCUCCCCAAAGUCUACUUCCGGCUCCUCCUCAAGGUCAGCGAGAGCAGCAGCAAAGUCGAGCGCCAAAUUUGUUGAGGGACCAACAAAUAUUGAAGUUGCAUAAAAUCAUAGAUAGAGUAAGCAUGCUUAUAUAGCUCAUGAAAACUCCUCCAUUUGUACUUGGAACAUCCCCUCGCAGAUGCAGAGACUUGACAAAGAAUAGAGGAAGCUGUAGGAAAAUCUCCCAAGUUUAGCCAGGUGAAUUGCAUAUACUAAAGGGGCCAUGAAAUCUAAGGCAUACAAGGUAUGUCUUAAGUUCAAACGCGAUCGAGAGUAACUGCUAAUUUUCUUUUGGUUCAGAUGAGGAGGGCAUUGUAAAGAGUAAGAUAGUUGUUGGUUUGUGGUGGUGCAAAUUGUGGGAAUUGGAUAUAUACUAGGGGACAAACCUGUAUCAUUAGUUAUCUAGGCCUUUUUAUUUAUCUUGUGUUCUUGGGCUUGCUGUCUACAUCUUCAAACUUAAAAUCCUAUUCUUUCUGAUGAGUGUUUACUGCUUACAGUUCAUCUGUCUAUAAUAAACAGUUCUAUGAUU